AUGUCUAUGCUUUCUCGUAUCCACCAAAGCUUCCAUAGCACCCGAUACCCUCGUUUCUGUCCCCUCCCGCAAAGACCAAUAGGAGAGGAAAUAUCAAUUUCUGAAUACAAGUUCGAGAGUGAGCCAUUGAUGCAAGAAUCUCCCAUGGACGUCCAGGAUCUUCUCGAUGUCAAGGGAAUUGAAGAUCUUAAAUUGAAGGCACUAGUGGAAGAGCACCAUCUCCGAACUCGUAUCAAGAAACGGUUCAAGCGGGUGGCUGCUUACCUCUUUAAGAAAGAGACGCCCAUGCUUCUUUCCAAAAAGGUGCUUUGUGAAGAAGGAGUACCGUCUUUUUACAAAGCAGCCAAGAAGGAAAAUCGCAAGCCAAAAGUCUUUCGUCGUUAUGUGGACCCUCUAGAAUACGAGUUGCCGAAGUACAAGUGUCUCAAGCAACAGAUGGAAAGUCGACUUCCGUACGAUUAUCCUGAUGCUUUUGAGAAUUAUUCAGAUGGUUCUAGUAUCGAGUUUGAGGAUGACGGUGAGUCUUUUGGCUCCUUUGUGGGGUCCCAAAACCAGGAGAACCAGGACGAAGGAUGUGAGGCUGGUGAAGUUUUGAAUAUAUCUUCAUUAGGUUAUCAAAGCCUUGGACAAAAACAUAAUGAUUUUUCACUGAUGCCCGAUUUUUCCCUUGAAAAUAAGACAAUUGGCUUCUGCAAAACUAAGACCUUGCCUAGUGAAGUAGGCAAUUUGAGGACCUACUAUUCCACCAAUGCAUCACUUCCAGGAAGCCAAAACAUGGAGUACCACCCCUUCAAGACCACCGGAGGCACACUAGGACUGAGAAUCCAGAACGCACUCGAAAAGCUUCAACAAAGUACCCAGGAGAAUAUCGUUGCUUCUGAAAGUGGUGAUCUUGGUAAGACAAGAGACGAGAGGAUCGUGUUUCAUCUGUCACGGCAGCUAGGGCUCCGGAGGUGCAAGACUAGUGGUAAUUAG